AUGGCCAUCGUAAGCACCUCCGCACACACCCCUUCUGUGGCCAGACCUCGUUGGACUAACGAUCUGCCGACGGUCUGUCGAUCCUCAACAGACAUCAAGCCUCACGCGCGUCUUCAGCCGCAACUCGGUCUUUGUCGGCACCGUCUUCUUUGGUCAGUCCGGCGCGACCAACACCAGAUGAUGUACUUUGAGACGCUCUCUCACUGAUGCCGCUACCCUCUGUACCUCUCCCUCCCUGGACCUCCUAUCGAUCCUUCCUCUUCGGACGCUCUCGUGGCUGAUGCCCGACUCCGCCCGUUCCUCCUCCUCGUCUCCUUUCGCCCCCCCCCCCCCCCCCCCCCGCCCUGGUCGUUCAUCAACACCCCAACCCACCCACCGUACAUCCUACUCAACUUUUAUCAUCUUACACCGAUCUACCACGUUCGGUCGCGGUCUCGUCACCAGGUGCGUUCGCCUUCUCGAUGGGUUUCGACGUCGCGACCCAAAAGUGGUGGGACAACCACAACAAGGGUAAACAAUGGAAGGAGUACGUACUUGACCCCCGUCCCCCCCCCCCCCCAAAUAUUCAGGGACGCUAUAGACUGACCAGUGUAUGUGCGUGUGUGUGUGUGUUGGUUUCGCGCGAUCGCAGUAUCCGAGCGCAAUACGAUUGA